AUGGAUGAUUUCACAGUUGUGCAUAUGAAAUAUGCCCCUCAUGUUCAUGCGAACGGUGCACUCCUGGCAUGGCAUCGUGAGUACAUCUCGCUGUGGGAACAGGCAUUGAGACAAGAGUGCUCGUACAAAGGAUACCUUCCAUACUGGGAUUGGCCCCUAUAUGCUAGCAGCCUCACCUCCAGCCCUCUGUUUGACGGAUCUCCCACCUCGCUCUCCGGUGAUGGGGACCCGAAUAACAAUGAUUGUGUGACAACUGGCCCCUUCGCCAAUAUGCAAGUCAAUUUCGGUCAAGGGAGGCUUCCGGCACUCGAGUUGCCCGAAGAUCUGUUCGACUACAAGCCUCAUUGCCUAAACCGCCACAUAAACUCCUCUAUCACUGCGAAAUUUGCAAACGCCGGUGUAAUCAACCAUCUGCUAAACUCCCCAGAUAUUAUUGCAUUCCAGGAGCGAAUGGAUAUCAGCAUGGACCCUACCUUGGCGGCACGAGGGUACGGCCCACACACAGCUGGACAUAAAGCUAUGACAGGCACCAUGGAGGACUUUUUCUCUUCGCCACAGGAUCCCGCUUUCAUGUUGCAUCAUGGAAUGGUCGACCGGAUGUGGACGAUCUGGCAGGCCCGGGAUGAGAAGAAUCACCGGUUCGCUAUUAAUGGGACUAUGACACUCCAUAAUUAUCCCCUGACACCAGAAUUGACACUGGAGACAGAAUUUACCUUUGGUAUUCUAGGGCAAAGCAAGAAAAUGAGGGAGUUAAUGGAUCCUGAGCAGGGUGAUUAUUGCUAUGAAUAUGCAUGA